ACGCCUCAUGCUUGUAUGGACUCGAAUAAGCUUAAUCAUUAUUUGGAAAAAACCGAGUAUCUCUUUUUAGUCAUUUUUAUGAUCGAGUGCUUUAUGAAAAUUAUUGCUUAUGGCUUUUUGUUCCACCCCGGUGCCUAUUUACGCAAUGGAUGGAACUUUCUGGAUUUCGUCAUUGUCAUUAUAGGAAUUAUUAGUACAGCUCUUUCUGCACUGAUGAAAGAGGGUUUUGAUGUGAAAGCCUUACGUGCAUUUCGUGUUCUGCGACCUCUUAAGUUAGUUUCCGGUGUCCCAAGUUUACAAGUAGUUUUGAAUUCCAUUCUACGUGCCAUGGUGCCCUUACUUCACAUUGCUCUUCUUGUCAUCUUUGUCAUCAUCAUCUAUGCCAUCAUAGGACUAGAGCUAUUCUCUGGAAAGAUGCACGAGACGUGUUUGAACAACAACACGGGAGAAUUUGCCUUAGAGGAGCCGCACCCUUGCGGUGAAAAUGGUUACCAUUGCAACGCAACAAAUAAUGAAGUAUGCACGGGGUACUGGGAAGGGCCCAAUUUCGGCAUCACUAACUUUGAUAACUUUGGACUUGCAAUGCUCACUGUCUUCCAGUGCGUUACUAAUGAAGGAUGGACAAACGUCCUUUACAAUAUAAAUGAUUCUGUAGGUAAUGAGUGGCCAUGGAUUUAUUUUAUUAGUUUAAUCAUAAUAGGUUCCUUUUUUGUGCUCAACCUCGUCCUUGGUGUCCUUAGUGGGGAAUUUUCAAAAGAAAGGGAAAAAGCGAAAGCUCGUGGGGAUUUUCAUAAAUUACGGGAAAAACAACAAAUUGAAGACGAUCUCAGAGGUUAUCUGGAUUGGAUAACGCAAGGAGAGGACAUUGAGCAAGAUGAUAAAGAAAAUAAAGAUGAUUCUAGAAAUAGUAAACCUUUACGUGAUAUAGAUCGGAUAGAUAUACCAGCAGAAACAAAUAGCUUAGAUAUCAUUAAUUCUCCAUCAUGGUGGGCAACAAAAAGGAAGAAACUAAGUAGAAACAAUAGAAGAUUAAGGAGAAUGUGUCGAAGGAUGGUCAAAUCAAAAGCCUUCUAUUGGAGCGUGAUAGUACUUGUUUUUUUAAACACUUUAACAUUAGCUUCUGAACACAAUAGUCAGCCCCCUUGGUUAGAUUAUUUUCAAGAAUGUGCGAAUUUGUUCUUUGUUGUGCUAUUCACUUUGGAAAUGCUGUUGAAGCUCUUCAGUCUGGGUAUCCAAGGCUAUUUUGUUUCUCUUUUCAAUCGCUUUGACUGCUUCGUGGUGGUGAGUUCCAUCCUAGAGACUGUGCUGACAUACUCAGAUGUCAUGCCACCGCUUGGAGUGUCCGUGCUCAGAUGCGUCCGGUUGUUACGUAUCUUCAAAGUCACUAAAUACUGGGCUUCACUCAGGAAUCUUGUGGCGUCACUUAUCAACUCCAUGCGUUCCAUCGCCAGUCUUUUACUACUACUUUUCCUCUUCAUUGUCAUUUUCGCCUUACUCGGGAUGCAGGUGUUCGGAGGAAAAUUCAACAACAAUCCUUACGAGGACAAGCCGCGAAGCAAUUUCGAUUCCUUCUGGCAAAGCCUUCUUACAGUCUUUCAAAUUUUAACUGGUGAAGAUUGGAAUGAAGUUAUGUAUCAUGGCAUCAACGCAUAUGGAGGAGUUGGUUCACCAGGCGUUUUAGCAUGCAUUUACUUUAUAAUCUUGUUUAUUUGUGGAAAUUAUAUUUUACUGAAUGUAUUUUUAGCUAUUGCUGUUGAUAAUUUAGCCGAUGCCGAAAGCCUCACAGCUAUAGAAAAGGAGGAAGAUGAUAUAGAAAAAGAAUUGAGCAUGAUCAAUUCGAGGGAGCUUGAUGAUUUUGAUGGUUUGGACAACCGUCAUUCAACAAAGAGGAAAAAGAAAAAACGUCAUAGCAUAUCUUCAUCUAGUUGUUCAGUUGAAAAAAUUUCAAAACCUGAAACACCACAAAUGAAUCAUAAUAUAUUUUUUCGAAUGCAGCGAGAAAAGCCUGAUAAUUCUAUUAAGCCACCAGAUACAUCAACUGAGAAGAAAGAAGUUGAAACCGAAACUGAAGUUGCUGCAGUUGAGUUUAUGGAAGAGGGAGAAGCAGAUGAAGAAGAUGAUGAUGACGAUGAUGGAGCAUCAGUUUCUACAGCUCGACCCAGACGUCUUUCAGAUAUACAUAUAGAUACUAAAAUAAAACCCAUUCCAGCAUAUACUUCAUUUUUUAUUUUUUCACACAACAACAGGUUUCGCAGGCUAUGUCACUUUAUUGUCAAUCACAACUAUUUUGCUAACAUUAUUCUCGGAUUCAUACUAAUCAGUAGUGCCAUGCUAGCUGCAGAAGACCCUUUACACGUAAAUUCAGAUAGAAACAAGAUAUUGAAUUACUUUGAUUACUUUUUUACUACCGUCUUCACUGUAGAAAUAACUUUAAAAGCAAUUGCAUAUGGUCUUAUUCUACAUAAAGGAUCUUUUUGCAGAAGUUACUUUAACCUGCUUGACGUGCUUGUUGUGUCAGUCUCGCUAAUAUCUUUUGCCUUUGGGAAUGAAACAUUCUCAGUUGUGAAAAUUCUUCGUGUUCUCAGAGUACUGCGACCUCUCCGAGCCAUUAACCGUGCCAAAGGAUUAAAGUACGUAGUCAAGUGCGUCAUAGUAGCAGUCAAAACUAUAGGGAACAUCAUGUUGGUCACCUACUUGCUUCAGUUCAUGUUUGCUGUGAUCGGAGUACAACUCUUCAAGGGAAAAUUUUAUCGUUGCAAUGAUGAAUCUAAAAUGACUGAGGAAGAAUGUCGGGGCCAAUUUGUUCUUUACCAAGGUGGUGGUGAUUCAUUAAAAAUUUCUUUAGAAGAUAGAAUUUGGGAAAAUAAUGAAUUUAAUUUUGAUGAUGUUGCCAAAGCUAUGCUCAGUCUUUGUACAGUUUCAACUUUCGAAGGUUGGCCUCGUUUAUUAUAUGUGGCUAUAGAUUCGCAUGCAGAAAAUAUUGGUCCUAUUUAUAAUUACAAUCCAUUGGUAGCAGUGUACUUCAUUGUAUACAUCAUUAUCAUAGCUUUUUUUAUGGUAAACAUUUUUGUUGGUUUUGUAAUUGUAACUUUCCAAAAUGAAGGAGAACAAGAAUUUAAAAAUUGUGAGCUGGAUAAAAAUCAGAGGAACUGCAUAGAAUUUGCUCUGAAAGCCAAACCUGUUCGCCGCUAUAUCCCCAAACAUCGAAUUCAAUACAAAGUGUGGUGGUUUGUAACAUCACAAUACUUUGAAUACGCUAUUUUUAUUCUUAUUAUGAUCAAUACUCUAGCUUUAGCUAUGAAGUAUUAUGGCCAGCCUAAAGAUUAUACAUUUGCCUUAGAUAUAAUGAAUAUGAUUUUUACUGCUGUUUUUGCUUUUGAAUUCCUCCUCAAACUAAUAGCAUUUAAAUUUAAGAAUUAUUUUGGAGACGCUUGGAAUGUAUUUGAUUUUAUCAUCGUAUUAGGGAGCUUUAUAGAUAUAGUUUAUUCCGAAGUUAAUCCUGGAACAAAUAUUAUUAGCAUCAACUUUUUUCGUCUUUUCCGUGUCAUGAGGCUAAUAAAACUUCUAAGCAGAGGUGAAGGUAUAAGAACGUUAUUAUGGACUUUUAUUAAAUCUUUCCAGGCUUUGCCUUAUGUAGCUUUAUUGAUAGUAAUGUUAUUCUUCAUAUACGCUGUCAUAGGGAUGCAGAUGUUUGGACGUAUCGCGUUGGAUCCAGAAACUGCUAUCCAUAGAAACAAUCAUUUUCAAACUUUUCCACAAGCAGUUUUAGUUUUGUUUAGAUCUGCCACUGGUGAAGGUUGGCAAGAAAUCAUGUUAGCUUGUUUGAACAAACCAACAACAAAGUGUGAUCCUAGAUCAGAUGAAUCAUUUGGAGAUGUUUGUGGAUCUGAAGUUGCAUUACCAUAUUUCAUCUCUUUUUAUAUCCUAUGCUCAUUUUUAGUUAUUAAUCUAUUUGUAGCUGUAAUAAUGGAUAAUUUUGAUUACUUGACUCGUGAUUGGUCAAUAUUAGGACCUCAUCACUUAGAUGAAUUCAUUCGACUGUGGUCGGAAUAUGAUCCAGAUGCAAAAGGUAGGAUAAAGCAUCUGGACGUUGUUACAUUGCUCAGAAAAAUUUCUCCUCCUUUAGGAUUUGGAAAGUUAUGUCCUCACAGAGUAGCCUGUAAAAAACUUGUUUCUAUGAAUAUGCCUCUGAACAGUGAUGGCACUGUUAUGUUCAAUGCAACUUUAUUUGCCCUAGUGAGGACAUCUUUGCAUAUCAAAACAGAAGGAAAUAUCGAUGAAGCAAAUGAAGAGUUGCGAGCUGUAAUACGGAAAAUCUGGAAGCGCACAAGUGAACAACUUCUUGAUCAAGUAGUACCACCAGCAGGAGCUGAUGAUGAUGUAACUGUUGGCAAGUUCUAUGCAACAUUCCUUAUCCAAGACUAUUUUAGGCGUUUUAAAAAAAGAAAAGAAGAAAGAUCUCAUGAAGCUAGUCAUAAAGGUCAAGAAACUACAGUAGCUUUGCAGCUGCUCUCCAUUGUUCAGGCUGGGCUUCGCACACUACAUGAAAUUGGUCCAGAAAUUCGUCGUGCUAUUUCUGGAAGUCUGGAAGUAGAAGAAAGUGAAAAUGUUGAAUCAGAGCCAGCACAUAGGCGAAACCAUUCUUUAUUUGGACACAUGUGGCAUUCUGUUCGGCAUCCUCCUUUGAAGCGAACUCGAUCGCUGAAAACAAACACUGCCAGAUCCCAUGCUAAAGUAUCUCCAACAAAUUCUUUGGAUGUGUCCAAGUCACCUUCUCAAAAAGUUCAUGUGCCUGGAAAUCAUAUUCGUUUUACUCGUGACUCCAGUGGUGCUACCGUCACAUCACCUCUUGCUUUACAAAGAGGAAGUAAAUCCAGCUCAAUUUCUGUUGAAGAUAUCUUCUUGUACCAGUCCCCGAUCCAUUCCCCUCAAGAUUCUGCAAGUAAUCCUCCCAAUGCUUCCCAAAUAAACUAUUCUGUUAUGGGCAGUUGCAGCAGUUACGAAGGCAGCUUCACCCUCGAGACUAGGGAACCAUCACCUGGUAGAGAAACGAUUCCACUUCGUUCCCUGCGAUCCAAUCAGACAAGCCCAAGUCCUUUGGCUAAAGUGGAAAGCAUUGAAAGCCACAAUUCCAGCCUGCUAAGUCAGUCAUCUUCAGAUAAGAAUGGAGUCAUUGAUACAAGCCUUUUGAGCCUUUGUGUAAAGGAAGAUGAAGAAAUGGCAAGCUUAAGGCCGCCUACACCACCUCCUAGGAGAUUUUCUGCCAGAAGUGCAACAGCCUCGUUCCGCUUGCCCUGCAUAGGAAAAAGAACUAGCAGUGAACGCCCAAUACUUGUUCGACAGUCUUCCAGUACUCAUAGCUGCAGUGAUCUUCGUGGUUCGUCCACGGAAGAUCCCCCAGAAGUCACAACUAGGCCAAACAGUGGGGAGCCAUGUAACAUGAGGCACAUUGCUGCCUCACUCUGCUUUGCUCAUCUGCCAGCCAUGGCAGUUGCUGGUGUCCAGCCAUCAACAGACCAGUGGAAAAAGCGAAGAAGAUUGGGUGAUGGAUCAUCACACAUACCUACUCAUAGAGCUUCAUAUCAUGGAUCACGAGAUACUUCAUUGGGAUGGAGUAGUGAUUCUCCUAUAAAAUCCAAAUCUGGAGACAUAACAAAUGCUGAUGUUAUAGGAAGUGCAGAAAGUCUUAUAGGAAGGGUACUCCUAGAACAAGGACUUGGCAAGUACUGUGAUCCAGAUUUUGUUCGAACGACCCAGCGUGAACUAGCUGAAGCAAUCAAUUUGACCCAAGAAGAAAUGGACCUAGCUGCCCAUCACAUCAUGCAGCUAGAGCGAAGACAAAGUAUGCCUCACAUGUGCCUCGAAACCAAUCCACAGUCUGAAGCAGACAAUGUGGCAGCUAUACAUUCUGAAAAUGACAGUUCAAACCUGCGGACAUGUGACCCACCAGUAGAAUAUUUUCCCUCAGAAAAUGGCAAUAGUAGAUUGUCCCCAAAAAAUCUCACCUUUAAUAUUGAACAAACAGAUUCAAAAUUGGAUAAGAGUCCUUAUGGUACCGAAGAUACAGAUUUAUAG